GUUAUACUGGAAUGGGAAACACUACUGUAUUAUGUUAGUUGACUUGUAAUAAUGCCAUCAAGACUGUGUUAUAUGUGUCAAACCUUUAGCAGUAAACAUAGAAUUUUUGUCCUGUAUAACAUUUGUUAUGGGCGAAAGAGGACGUUGGUUACCCAGGCUGCAGGACAUCAGGUGAUGAAGAGUACAAUCGCAAAAGAUGAGAAUAGCCUAUUGGUUGACAAGAUUCCAUGGCAACAAAAAGCCUCCUUAUAUAUUCAUUGGCCGUACUGUAAGAAACGAUGUACUUACUGUAACUUCAACAAAUAUAUAAACACAAACAUUGACCCAAGAGAGAUGAAACGUAACCUUGUUAAGAAACUCAAACUUUAUUAGACAUAAGCCAGUGUGGAAAUAUGUCAC